UGUGGAUUGGUUGUUGCUGAUAGGUAUGUUUUAUCACGGUAAAAAUAGUUUCUCCAUGCGCUUCGUGCAGAGUGAUUGACGUUGGGUCUGAAUGGCGCACGUUUUCUAAUGAUGCCAACGCCAAAGAUAUGUGUCGAGUAGGAGCUACUGAAAACUUCUUGCUAGAUGGGGGUGAUCUCUCAACUAUGAUCAGUGGUCCAUCACCUUCUGACUCGCGACAACUUGAUGAGCACGGGAAGCCAAUGUACCGGAACCGUCGCAAUAUCUCUGCACCUGAUAGGGUACUUUUGAGUGCGUUCAGAGAAAUCAGUCAAAUGGGUGAACAUCUAAAUCUCCCCAAAAGCAUAUCUGACCAUGCUAACUUGCUGUUCAAACAAGUCCAUGAGACUAAAAAUCUUCGAGGUCGCAGUAAUGAUGCUGUCUCAACUGCUUGUCUCUACAUGGCCUGCCGUCAAGAGGGUGUCCCUCGGACUUUCAAAGAAGUAUGUGCUGUGUCACGAGUUUCAAAGAAGGAAAUAGGAAAAGUUUUUAAAAAAAUUCUAAAAAUACUUGAAACAAAUGUACAAUCAGUUACAGUUGAAGACUUCAUGUCUAGAUUCUGUGGUAAUCUCAAUUUGAAUAUUGCUGUUCAAAGAGUUGCAAAUGUGGUUGCUAGAAGAGCUCUUAACUUAAAUUUAGUUGCCGGUCGCAGCCCAGUUUCGGUGGCAGCCGCAGCCAUUUACAUGGCAGCUUAUGCAUUAGGUUAUCGUAAAGAAAAACGAGAAAUCGGUGAUGUGGCGGGAUGUGCUGAGGCUACUAUCACAUGUACUUAUCGUGCAAUGCACUCAAGAGCCAGUGAACUAUUUCCUGAAGAUAUCAGACUUGCCAUAAGACCAGAUGAAUUACCACUAUAAUUUCACUUACUUUUCUUGUUUAAAGAAAAUUUAUUUCCUUUCAAAGUUGAUCAGUUUCUGUACAAAGUUAUGAUACUGUAAAUGCAAAAUACCAAAGUUAGUCGUUGGUUAUUUGAGACUUAGAAUAUUGUGUGUAACAGAUGGUAUGUUUAUCAUAAAUACUGUUUUGACUGAAAAAGGUUCCUGUACCAGGUUUGGAAGUUGUGUUACUGGGGUUUGUAUCAGUCAUUAUGAUCUGUAUCCUGCGAGAAAGAUGUUAGCUUUUCUAAUAAGGAUGCAUGCCAUUCGGGUGAUUAUGCUAAACAGUUGCUCUGAGUUUAACAGAGAUUGUAUCGACUUGGUCAGUUUGUUACCACUUUAACUCCAACAGUAAAACAACAUGAUACAAUUCUGGUCGUUGUUUUAUAUUUUCCUGAUAACUACCUAAUGCAGGUAUACGGUAAUAUAUAAGUUCAAAUGUGAUUGUCACACAACAAACUUGAGACCGAAUCCGGUAGGUCACACGCAAUUAAACGUCACCCAUACUGUUAAGUCCGAUUGCAAUUAACUUCACUACAUAGGAUAUCUUUUGGUUUUCCAGUGAUGGAUAAAUUGACAUCAAUCUACUUAAGGAAGUGCAUUAUGCUGAAGUUGUUCAGAGGCUUGAAGACAAGUAAAAUAUUUCUGUAGUGGUAUCGAUUGUUAUAUGUGAACUAGGGAAUUCCUAGGUCUAAC